AAAGUAGUUUAUUAACCGUCGUUUUUAUCGGUUGGCGAGGUCGGGUGUUGCGUUUGAAAAAUCAAAACAAAAUAAAUAGUAAAUACGAUGUAUUAGAUUUAAGUGUCAAGUGUAGACUUUUUUAUCCGUUAUUAAUUAAUUUAAUUUUUAUUUACAGGCCGUCGAUCAAUUAGAAUUAUUAUAAUGGAUAAUUAUGAUAAACUGGAAAAAAUUGGAGAAGGAACAUAUGGUGUCGUGUACAAAUGUAUGGAACUUUCAUCAAAAGAAAUCGUUGCUGUGAAGAAAAUACGCAUGGAAAUGGAAGACGAAGGUAUACCAGCUACAGCCAUUCGAGAAAUUAGUAUUUUGAAGGAACUCAAUCACCCUAAUAUUGUGAAUUUGCGAGAAAUUCUCAUGGAUGAUUCAAGAUUAUAUCUUGUAUUUGAGUUUGUUCCUAUGGAUUUAAAAAAAUUUAUUGAUUCAAGACCUAAAAAACAUUUGGAUGAAAUUACUACAAAGUCAUUCACUUAUCAGUUAUUAGUUGCUAUAUACUUUUGCCAUGUGAGACGAAUUUUACAUAGAGAUCUUAAACCACAAAAUAUCUUAAUUGACACAAAACACAAUAUACUGAAAGUUGCUGAUUUUGGUUUGGGCCGUACUUUUGGUUUGCCAAUACGUGUGUACACUCAUGAGGUAGUAACACUAUGGUACAGAGCUCCAGAGGUAUUGUUAAACACACAACGCUACGGCUGCCCAAUUGAUGUUUGGUCCAUAGGAUGUAUUUUUGCAGAAAUGGCACAAGGAAAACCAUUAUUUCAGGGUGAUUCAGAAAUUGAUCAAUUGUUUCGUAUUUUCAGGAUUUUGACUACUCCAACUGAAGAUACAUGGCCAGGAGUUUCCGAUCUCAAGGAUUAUAAGCCGACUUUUCCAAAAUGGAGUGAUAAUAUGUUGGCAGAUUCAGUUAAAAACCUCAGUUCAGGUGGAGUGGACUUAAUGCGGCAAAUGUUGGUUUACGAUCCAAGCAAACGAAUCAAUGCAAGAGAUUCACUACAACAUAGUUAUUUCAAGGAUUUAAAUAAAAGUAUUUUACCAGCUCUUCCUGAGAUUAAGUUUUAAAUGUUUAUCUGCGUGUAUUAAUAAUAGUUUUAAUCGAUGAUUAUAAAAUAAAAUUAUACAUUUUAAAGUUUUUUUUCUAUUUUUAUAACAACUUAAUAUAAAACUAAUAACAUUCCGGUACACUGUUCCCACUCCGCUCAUUUCUCAACAUGCAUAUCGUUGCAGACUGAUGUUAAUUGUGACCAGACAGAUGGAGCACAUCAUAUCAGAUAGCUAAUUCGAUUUAGUAAUCGAUUAAAGAGCGAUUUUAGGUCUAUGAUCAUCUAGACUAAUUCAUACAAAACAAUCUUUAAAUUCUUUUUUUUUCAUCCAAAAAAUUGUUAUUACAUUUAAAUUGUCAAUAAUUAUUAUUUAUUAUACAUUUUUUCAAUAGUUGUGUAUAAUGUUUAUUAGAACUCUAAACUGUAAUUUAUAUUGAAUAAAAUAAAAUGCUAAAUAUAUUA